UAAUAUAUGUAUUAUAUUUAUGAACUUAUUAUGGUGCCGUAUUGUUAGGAAAUGCUGCCCUCUGCCGGAGUGUGUCCAGCUCCUUUUAGGGCAGCUAGCUUUGCUCCACUUUAACACAUACUAGCACAACAGCUCUAAUAUCGCCACCUAACAAUGAGCCGGCAAAAUAAUUAUCGUUUUUACCCUUCGUCGUUACGGCGGCCAGCUGCUCCUGCGUACGAGCAAACACCAGGGAGAAUACCACAGGAGUUCAGGGAGGCUAUGAAACGACUUCCUGGGAAAGCAGCAGAGACCCCCCGAACAAGAACACCUGACUCGGCUACAAAAGACAUACAGAGACCGCUGGUCCGAAAACGCACAGCAAAAGAGUCUGUCGAUAAGUGGAAGUCGUCGUUUAAACCCGUGGGACAUCAGGAUGAGGAUGAUGAUGAUGAAGACCAGAGCGCGAGCAGUUCAGAAAAAGUGGAGCUCUACGACCCGUAUGAUCUGGUUUCAUCUGACCCCGAAACUGAGAUCCGACAGAAGAACAAUCACGACUCCCCUCUAUCCGUUCAGAAGCUGAAUCCCCAACAAUCAUCUGCACGAAGAAGUCGAUGGGACAUACCCUCCUGUGGAACAGCGAGCGCGCCCGUCGGCAGUGGUGACCUUAGAACUAAUCCCAGACCAGAGGAUGGUCAAGGGUUGAGUCUGGGUCGGAGUUUGCCAGAACAACAGUCCUGCAGCUCACACACACACACGUGUCUUGACCAGCCCUUGUACGUCCCCUUAAGUGGAGAAGUAGACCGCAACGUUCACGGCCAUGACAGGGUUGUUUUCUUAUCUCACGGCGAACCAAACAACAUGGAGGACAGGAGAAGAGACCUGGAGCACAGCAGAGAGGCUACUACCAAAAUAUCCGCCCCCAAAGUACUCGACUACAACCAUCAUUCAAGACUGGUGGAAAAAGGUCUGGAUCCAGUCCCAUCUGCUACAGAUAAUAAGAGAAAUAGGAGCAAAACUGUCAUACUGGACAAAUCACUUCCUGCGUAUCUGUGCGAGUCCUCAGUCAUCCAGGGCAUCUCGUCUGAAGCAGAUACAUCAAGGGCAACUGGGCUGGUUGGAUUUCUUUCUUGCUCUUUGGGCCAGGACUCAGCUGUACACUUACAUCACAAAGAGCCCUCUUGUGGAUGGACAUGUACAUAUCAUAUCAGGAUGUUGAUUCAGACUAUCUGCCUUCCCCCAGAAAACUCAACUCUUUUUCAGCUAAGGACACAGACAGCCUCCAAGGGCCACACAGCCAGGAACCCUGUGACCUGUGACCUCUGUGACGUGGAGCUGGCCACAGCGCAGGAUUUAGAAGAUCACCUGGAGAGUAGAGUCCACUGGGGGACGUUGGAAUACAUACAAGAGAACAACCACUACGACGAUCUGGUCAUAGCUUUCCUGCAGGAAGUCAUGACGUAUAAAAGCCGUCAGAGCAGUCGAGCCAUAGAGGAGAGCGCUUUCCAAGCUCUGGAGGAAAACGAUCACAUGACCAGGGUGGAGGUGUUCCACUGCUCCGCGUGUCGAGUGUUUGUCUCCUCCUCUGCGUUCGCUGUGCAGGAACACAUCACUUCUCGAGAACACCUCUCCAACACGCAGCUGUUCCGAGUGCAGCAGAGACGCAUUUGCCUCGACAGAGCAGGAACCAUAAUGAAAGAGCUGGCUCUUCAGUUUGAGCUCUUCAGGAAGGGAGAAAGGGCGUUUGAAUAGCCAGAGUUCCUUGACGUCGUCACGCUGCUGCUGAAGUCGAACUGAAGACGAUGAGCAAAGGAUUCGGUUUGACUCACGGCUAGCUAAAUGCUAACUUCCUGAAGUUAUUUCACACCGUCGAGUCUCGGCAAGAUGAGAAGACAAAUCCUUACUAAUGUUUUGGACAUUUUACUGGUAUGUCUUUUGUUCACCUUAUUCAUCACCCUGCACGGGGAAGGGAACACUUGCACCUGGAAACAAACUGUUGCAGUUUAGGUCCACGUGGGUCGACAGCAAAACGUCCAGGUGACUGAAGAUGGAAGUAUUUGACUUUUUUCAUAUACAGAGUUAUGUUUAUCUGUAAAAAAAUAUAUAUAAAAAAAAAGUCAACUUGAACCUUUGCAUUUUCUUUUAUUCAAAACACUUUUUUAGGUACUGUUUCGUGUGAUAUAGAACAUUUAAAAUUAAAUUAUUUUAAAAUGGUAUAUUCAAUCAUUAAAUAUAGGUGUGCCGUGUGAAAGACAAUGUUUGAACUGAAUGUCUGUCCACGUUAGGUUUUAGAAACAAUGCUGUUACUGCUACUAAAAAAAAAAAAAAAAAAUUCUAUGCAUUUCUAUUCUUGCAGUCGGUUAACAUCCUUACUGGCAGGUUUUGAAAUGCUGAACUCUGAGUUAACAAACACCUCAGUUACACCUUGGCCUGACAACACACCAUAGGCUCUAGUUUAAACUUGCACUAGAU